AUGGAAGGAAGGCCACCACCACCUUUUCCUCAACGUUUCCAAAAAUCUAUUCAAGAUUUUGAAUUCAAGAAAUUCUUGGAUAUCCUGAAGCAACUACAUAUCAACAUACUGCUAGUGGAAGUAUUGAAACAAAUGCCUAACUAUCUGAAAUUCAUGAAAUAUAGCUUAUCAAAAAAGAAAAGGUUGAGAGAUUUAGAAACUUUUGCUCUCACUGAAAGAUGCACAACAAUGUUGAGAAACAAAUUGCCACCAAAACUGAAGGAUCUAGGGAGUUUUACUAUACCUUGCUCUAUUGGAAACCAUUAUGUAGGAAAAGCACUAUGUGCUUUAGAUACGAGUAUAAAUCUAAUGCCUAUGUCUGUUUUUAGAAAGUUGGAAAUAAGGAAGGCAAGACAUACAAUUGUCACUUUGCAACUACUUGAUUGUUCAUAUGUACAUCCAGAAGGUAAAAUAGAAGAUGUGUUGGUAGGAGUUGACAAAUUUAUUUUUCUAGUAGAUUUUAUUAUUCUGGAAUGUGAAGCUAAUAAAGAGGUACCAAUUAUAUUUGGGAGAUAUUUUCUAGCAAUUCGCAGAACAUUAAUUGAUGUUCAAAAAGAUAAAUUAACUAUGAUAGUUAAUGAUCAGCAGAUAACUUUUAAUGUUUUUGAUGAUAUGAAGUGUGUAGAUAUAGAUGAAGAAUGCCGCGCUGUGGAGAUAGUUGACAUAAUAGUUCAGGAAGAAAUUGCAGUUUGUUAUCACAAUAACUGUAAUGAUGAUGCAAAUUUAAUUGAGUUGAUUGAAGCAGAAAUGAUUGAAGAGCUUAGUGAAUUGAUGGAUGUUAAGCAAAUCGAGAAUGGAGUGAGGAGAAGUUUGGAAUCAUUGAAUUUAGUGGACCGAUCUUUUAAACCUCCUCGACCAUCCAUAGAAGAUCAUCCUCUGUUGGAAUUGAAGCCUUUGCCAGCACAUCUGAAGUAUGCUUAUUUGGGAGACAGCAACACAUUGCUAAUAAUUAUUUUUGUGGCAUUGACAGUAGAUCAAGAAGCUUAA